AUGGAAAUGUGGAUAUGGAGAAGACUGUUAAAAAUCAGUUGGACAGAAAGGAAAAGUAACGUAGAUGUAUUAAACCAAGUAGUAGAAAAAAGAAUUCUAUUAAACACCAUAAAAGAAAUAAGAAGCGAUGCAGAUGCGAAACCGAUAGUUUCAUCUGAAAUAAGCAAGGAAGAAAUAAGUCCAUACUGGUCUUUCAAUGAAACUGCAGAUAUAUCGAAGUAUGAAGAUUUCGAUCACAAAAAAUUCUUAGAACACGAACUACACUUGGACGUGUCCGACCCGGUGAGUGCCAUCGAUGCCCAGCCUCCAGUUAAGCUGCGUACCACCACGUUGGCGCCAUCCACGCCAACACCCGAGCCAAUCAUUCACGUGGGCACGACAAAUGUUACAGUCCAGCURGGAAGUACGGCAUUGCUUCAUUGCGAGAUAGCCAAUUUGUCCGAGAAAAUGGUGUCUUGGGUACGAAGGAGAGAUUGGCAUAUACUGAGCUCCGGAGUGUUGACGUACAUAAAUGACGGACGUUUUCGCGUGUUUCAUUCAGAGAAAAGUGAUGACUGGGACUUGAGGAUAUCACCAGUAGCCAAGAUUGAUAACGGUACAUACGAAUGYCAGGUGGGUACGGGCACUGGUAUCAUGACACAUUAUUUCAACUUGUUUGUGAUUGUGCCUACGGCUGUGAUAUCAGGUAGCGAUGAGUACCACACACCUGAAGGGAAUUCAAUAGUAUUAUGUUGUAAAAUCGAAAAUAGCCCGGUGCCACCGCAAUACGUCUUAUGGUAUCAUAAUGGCAAAGUUAUAUCAUCCGGCCAUUUUAAUAAAAAUGGACUGAAAACCGAUCGUCUAUCCAUCAGCACUGAACAGAUAGAUCGUACAAUUUACAGUCGCUUGACAAUCACGAAAGCAAUCCAGAUUGAUACAGGAAAUUAUACGUGUCAGCCUCCAAACACUGACCCAGACACAACUUAUAUUCACAUCACGCCAGAAAUUGACAAUACAGCAGCAAUUCAACGGCAUAAAAGUUCAAACUCAGCUCUGUUAGUGACAGAAUUGUCAAUUUUCCCGUUGACAUCAUUCCUUCUUAUUGGACAUAAUAGAUUUCGAUGGGUUUUUUUAUAAGUACAACUAUAUUUGAUUUUUACUAAAUUGAGUAAUUCAAAUACGUUUGGUGUAACCUUUACCAUAUUAAACUUUGUUUUGAUGUUAAUAAAAUAUUAACGUACGUUUUACGAACUUACUAAAACUGUAAAGAAGUUCUUUGUAAACUAAAAUAAUUUUCCAUAAUCUUAUUGUAUACAAAUCAUGUAUAAAGAAAAUAUAUUAUCCUUUUCGAGGUUUCAAAUGGUAGGAAUAAAUUUAUUGUAUCCCAGUGCUCUACAUUUUUAGUCCAAAGUUUUAUUGGGAUUUUCAUUUCAUUUCAUGUUGGCUAAAAAACUUAAAAACUUGUAUUAUACAUUCCUCCUAUUUUGAAAUUU